UGCUGUCCUCUACAAUUCAAUAUCUUAACAGUUUUUCAGUAGUCACAAACACGUGCCUAUUAAAUCAAAAAGCUUAGUGAUUUAUAUUAACAUAUUGAAUAUUUUUCACAAUCUAACUUUUUAGUAUUUGGAAGAUGAACUUAAACUUAUAUUUAAUUGCAGCAGCAUGUGAGGGAAUGGGUAUUGGCAUAAAAGGGACUUUACCAUGGAAACUUAAAAGUGAAAUGUCAUUUUUUGCAUCUAUGACGACGAAUACGAAGGACCCAGAUAAAAAGAAUGUUGUUCUAAUGGGACGGAGGACAUGGGAGUGUAUUCCGAAGAAGUACAGACCGUUACAAAACCGAAUAAACAUAGUCCUUACAUCACAGGAUUUAGAUUACGGUAACGAUGCGAUAAUUUGUAAAAGUAUUCCACACGCCCUUGAAGUUAUUGAGAAACCUCCGUUAAAGGAUCAAGUUGAACAUAUAUGGGUAAUAGGAGGAAGUUCUGUAUACAAGGCUGCAAUGGAGUCACUGAAUUUUCACCGACUAUAUUUGACAAGAAUAAAAAAACAUUUCGACUGUGACACUUUCUUCCCACCUAUUCCUAAUAAUUUUGUUUUGACACAAGAUCCAAAUAUACCUCAGGGUGUUCAAGAAGAAAACGAUAUACAAUUCGUAUAUGAAGUGUACGAAAGGAAAUGAAUUUUUGUACCUAAUUUGUAAAGUACUGAACUCCAGUAUUAAGCUUAUCAAGAAUAAACCAACUACAUUUAAUUAAAACAACCAAACCUAAACUA